UUGCAAUAUAUAUAGUACCAUGUGAUGUAAAAUGUUACAUUUUAUCUUUGAAACACAAACACAAACACAAACAUGAAUGGUAAGAGAGUAGGGAAUGAAGCGAAGGGAAAUAGCAAUGAAGUAAGGUAUAGAGGGAUUCGUAGAAGACCAUGGGGUAAAUUUGCAGCAGAGAUACGUGACCCUUCAAGAAAUGGAGCAAGACUAUGGUUAGGGACAUUUGAUACAGCUGAAGAAGCAGCAAGAGCAUAUGAUCGAGCCGCCUUCGGUUUUCGAGGUCAUUUAGCUAUCCUCAACUUCCCAAAUGAGUACCAAUAUCAAAAUCCCAGCUCUUCUUCUUCAAAUUCAAGAACUUUUCCUUCCUCAUCUUCUUCUUCAGCUCGUGGCAAGAGUUUUGGCAAAGUGGGUUCAUCUACUGGACAAGAAGGGGAGGUUAUAGAGUUUGAAUAUUUGGACAAUAAGUUGUUGGAUGAGCUUCUGGAAACACAUGCGGAUAUAGGCAAAGGGUUUGGCAACUGAAAAUAUAUCAUUGGUUCAUUAAGAAAAGGACAUGUCUUUUUUUGGCCAAUGUAUGACUGAUGUUUUUUCUGUUUGCUUGUUUGUUUUUUAUUCACCUGUUAUGUAUAUAUAUGUGUGUGUGAGAGAAUUUGGUAGUUUAUUCUCAGAUUCCACCCUUUUACAGGGUUUUCUUCCC